AUGCUCACACGUCUGCCAGAGGACCUUGUGCUCGACAUCAUCUACUACCUGGUGUCCGCGACCUCCUCACCCUUCGCAAGGUCUACCUGCCGCUUUCUCCACGGCAUCGGGGGCAACGACUACGUCUGGCACCGGCUCAUCGCCGCCUUUCCCCUCCCACUCGAUGUGCCCCCGCACACGCUCCCCUGCACGCUCCCUGGCGACGAGCUCCAGCGGCUCGCCAUCCGGGCCAUCCGCCUCGACGCCAACUGGCGCGCCACCCGCACACGCGUCCGCGGCCUCCGCGCACUCACCGACGACAAGAGCGGGCAGUACGUCGACCAGAUGCAGUUCCUCCCCGGCGGCCGCUGGCUCUGGACCGCGCAGCGCACCCUCAGGCGCGACUCGUGGUACACGCGCAUGAGCCUCUGGUCGCUCGUCGCCGACGGCGACACGCCUUGCCGCGCGUGGUCGACCGAGACCUCGGGCAUCUACCGGAAUUGCACCGUCGUCCAGAGCUCCGACGGCGACCUCGUCACACUCGCCGUCGGGGUGUGCGACCAUCGAGAGGUCAUCGAGGUCCACUCGAUCUCGCUCGAGCAGGCGACGAGCACGCAGUGCGGCCUCUAUCCACCGUACCCGCCCCGGCCGUCGCCCACGAAGAAGCAGCUGCUCAUCGUGCCCCAUCCGCGCGCGCCGCACCUACGCCCCAUCAUCCACGAAAUAACCUCACACGGCCCGGACCUCCUCAUCGUCACCAUCUUCGCCUUGGACACCGGUGGGGGUGCGGGCUCGCUGCAGAUCCUCUUUGUCCACCCGGGGACGGGCGCGACGAAGUGGGUCGACCCCAGUUUCGCCCAGUCCUUCUCGUUCUUGUGGGUCCGAGUUUGGGGCGACUUCCUCUUCCUCAUCGGCGAGGUCGUCGACGACUUCGCGGUCCAGGUCUACCGCAUCCCCCAACCGUUCGCCUCGACGCCCUCCUCCCCCGGGGCGAGCCCCCCAGCGACACCCGCCCCCGACGACCCCGCGGGCGCCGAAGACGACGACUACGCGUACACCGACCUCGGGCCCGUGCUCUCCAAAUUCGUCGGUCCCACCCCGAUGGCCGUCCCGGGUCACCACAUCGCCCAGGUCUCGCCCGCGACGGCGUCGACGACGAGCCUCUCCGCGAUCAUGUUCUACCACUCCUCGCACCCGCACAGCGCGCAGCUCCUCCGCUUCGGGUUCGACCUCUCGUCCCAGUCCGUCGCGUUCAAGAACAUGUCGUCGAAGGACUUCCCGAUCGGGAACGAGUCCUCGGCGCAGCUCGCCCAGGUCGGCGCGCUCGGCCUCCGCGCCGUCUGGCUCGAGCACAACUGGGAGACGCAGCUGAACCGGGUGAUGAAGCUCGCGUACGACCCGCGCACGCGGACGGCGACGGUCGGGAUGCUCCUCCCGCCCGACCCUGAGCUCCCGUUCUCGCCCAACAUGUGCCACUCGCUCGCGUUCGACGAGGUCACCGGCCGGCUGUGUCUGGGAAUGUACGACGGAAAGGUAUAUCUGCUGGAUUUUGUAGUAUAA